AUGAAGAGGACAGAUCCGGUGUGCGCAACCUGCCGCGAAAAAUGUCGGCGCUGUGACCGUACAAGACCUACAUGUAGGCGAUGUGCUGCCAAAGGACUGGAAUGUAAAGGGUAUCCUGAGAAAUUUCGGUUCCGCAGCGUGACCUCCACGAGCAAAAAAAGCGGUCAAAGGCGCGAAUCAACAAUCUUCAAUCAUGUCAUUCAGUUUCAAGAGGAAUCUCCCAAGGAGACCAAUUCUUUGAUGGCAACAAAUGAGGGCUCAAGAAACGGGACCAGCCCCGAGGCGAAUCUACACGAACCUGUAUCUUGGGACCUAGAUCCUAUGCUUGAUUCAUUAUCUGCGAAUAGUAGCCCUGCCUCGCGCCAUCUUAGCCAAACCUCGGAACUAAAUGACUUGCUCGUCAUGACCCGGACGCAGUCACUCCUAACACACUACGAUCAAGUGAUAUGUCCCCAUCAAAUCAUGCUCUCCGGGGCCGACACCAACAAUCCGUACCGAUCAUACGUCCUACCGUUGGCAUACGAGCAGCUCGGGGUACUUUACGCGGUGCUCGGUCUUUCCGCUUGUCAUAGAGCCCUUACAAUCGGAGAGGAUGACCUCCGUGAAGUGGCCGAUGAAUAUCGACUCAGGCUGGACGUGAUCCGAUCAUUUUCAGACCCGAAACGUCUAUGCGUCUCAUCAGAUCUACGCAGGAAAAUUGUUGCUCUAAGCACAUCAAAAUUUGAGCGGGUAAAUGGAUGUCCGAGGGAGCUAUUCCUCGUGAUGGGGGACGCUCUAGAAUAUGCAAAGGCUCAUCAGAUGAAGAAUAUGGACCUUUUCGAAUAUAAAGAGCUCACGAUGGGUUAUACGAAAGCUUUCGACAUGCAUUUCUACUCUCAUACAUCCCGGCUUUUGUCGCCCGAGCAGCCCGCUGAGGUAUCAAUCAUCCGAGAAUCAGUGGAAGCUGUAUUGGAUGCGGUAUCCGAGAUCCCUUCCAGCCUGAUCGACUUGGCUAUUUUUCCACUCUUCAUUGCAGGAACGGAUACCCUCUCCUUACAUUCACGCCAUUACAUCUUGUUAAGACUUGAUGGCAUUAGGUCUGUUGCCGGGUUCAGUAAUGAUCUCCCAAAAAUGUUACUGCACAAAGUCUGGGAAACCCGUGGGAAUCAGCCAAAAUGGGACUCUCGCAAUAUCUUAUGGACCUCAUUUACAGAUACGACGGCACGAGAAUCUCAGGACGAUUAUCUCAUUAUUUAG